UAGUUCGCGCAUGCGCACACCAGCGGUUACCAACAAAGAUGGCGCUGCUCAAAGAAGCUCACCGUCUAAACCAGCUGCUCGCCAGUCAUUUCUUCAAAUUCACCCCGUGUGUCGGUGUCCGGUCGGUGUCUGACCAUGCAUCAUCUAAACCUGCACCGUCCAGUGCCCCAGAGACCGCGGGGGGGCAUUUAAUCUACACACAGGAGCACUUUGCAUUGAAGGAGUCCCUCAGGAAGAUCAUCGACCAGGAGAUCAACCCCCACGUGGAUCAGUGGGAAGCAGAAGGGACAUUUCCAGCCCAUAAAAUCUUCAAGAUCUUAGGAAGUGCCGGCUUUUUAGGAGUCAACAAACCAGUUGAGUACGGAGGCUUGGGUCUUGACUUCAGCUACAGCGUAGCGGUUUCAGAGGAGCUGGGCAACAUCCGCUGUGGAGGCAUCCCCAUGGCCAUCGGUGUACAGACUGACAUGGCUACUCCUGCGCUGGCCAGGUUUGGUUCAGCUGAGCUUAAGGAAGAGUUCCUCCUUCCCUCCAUCAUGGGGGACAAAGUGGCCUGCCUGGGAGUAAGUGAAGUCGGAGCCGGCUCUGAUGUCUCAAGUAUCCUGACCAAGGCAGUGAGGAAAGGGGAUGAAUACGUGAUCAACGGGGGAAAGAUGUGGACCACCAACGGUACCCAGGCUGACUGGAUAUGUCUCCUCGCCAACACAAGCGACGGGCCUUCACACCGGAACAAAUCCCUCAUCUGUUUGCCCAUGAACCUGCCAGGGGUGCACAUCGCCCGCAAGAUUGAAAAACUCGGUAUGUGGUCAUCGGACACAGCUGAAGUGUUCUUCGAUGACGUUCAUGUGCCCUGCAAGAACAUCAUCGGCCAGGAAGGCAUGGGCUUCACCUAUCAGAUGCUUCAGUUCCAGGAAGAGAGGCUGUGGGCAGUGGCCAAUAUCGUGACCAUGAUGGACAACAUCAUUCAGGAGACCAUCCAGUACACCCGGCAGAGGAAGAUCUUCAAGCAGCCCGUCCUCUACCACCAGGCGGUUAACUUCAGGUUGGCUGAGCUGCAGACGGAGGUCGAGCUGCUCCGCUCCCUCCUCCAUCGCGCCACAGCAUUGUACAUUAAAGGCAAUGAUGUCACCAAGCUGGCAUCCAUGGCCAAAUUAAAGGGGGGCCGCCUGGCCAGGGAACUGGGCGACAGCUGUCUUCAGUAUUGGGGAGGAAUGGGCUUCACCAGUGACGUGCUGGUCAGCAGAUUUUACAGAGAUUCCAGGUUAAUGUCCAUUGGUGGAGGGGCUGAUGAGGUCAUGCUGGGAAUCAUCUGCAAGUACAUGGACACACUACCGAAGAAAUAAUGUUGUUAAAACCUGACCCAGACGGACUGAUGUCGGCCGCUCCAGCGCAGACAAUGUGCCGAUCGUUCACAAUGGAUUGCUAAACACAAGUCACCUAAGUGCAUUUCUGAUAUGUAAAACAUCUUGACAUAUUCAAGGAAGUUAGUUUGUUAUAAUAUUUUGCAUGUGAUUGUUUUAACUGUACUGUAUGUGGUCUGAUCAGCUCAAACACACAGAAUGAUGAAGCUUGUGUUGUUUUUCAAGAGCAUAAUAAUUGUAACAGCCUGCAGUUGAGUUGUAUUAUUUGUAAUUAGUUCAUUUAAACAUAGUGUAAAGACUAAAUUUAUUUUUCGAAUAGACUUUGCAAGAAAAUGUUCAAAAAUGAAAAUAAAUAUCAAGCAAAGAUUUUAA